AUGACACUUGUGUUGUUUCUGUAUGCUGCUAUCGAGGAUCACGACUCCAUUUUCAUUCUAGCUGAAACGGUGCACUUUUCUGGCAUCGGCUGUCUGGCAUGUAAGCUGAUAGGCGAGCGCGACUGCAAUUGUUUAUCGCUGAAAACACAGGAACUAACCGCAACAUUUCUUGCGGUACGCCUGUACUGCAGUUUCGUCAUGGAAUACGAUAUCCACACAUUUCUUGACCUUAUGACGCUAGCAGCGACUGUCUGGGUGGUGUACACGAUGCGUACAACUCUUAGAAAGACUUAUAACGAUCAGCUGGAUGACCUUCAUGUCGUGUACAUACUUGUGCCAUGUACGUUAGCUGCGGUGAUGGCGCAUCCUACUACCUCGCAUGCCUGCAUCAACAGGAUUCUCUGGGCAGCAUGUGUCUAUAUUGAGGCAAUCUCUGUGCUCCCCCAACUACGGCUGAUGCAAAAAGUGAAAACAGUUGAGCAUUUCACUGCCAAUUAUGUGUUCGCGCUGGGUGUUGCAAGGUUUUUAUCAUGCGCUCACUGGGUUCUGCAGAUGUUUGACGGCCAAUCUUACCUCUCGACUGCAGUUGGCUCUGGCCUGUGGCCCAUGAUGGUCCUGCUGAGUGAAAUUGUACAAACGUUUAUUCUGGCAGACUUUUGUUAUUAUUACAUUUUGAGCUUUGCAGAGGGUAGCAGGGUUGUGAGGUUACCAGCAGGAAUAGUGUAG